CUUCCUUGAGGCAGGAUAGCUAGAUAAUUGGGUUUGUGUUUGUAUUAGUUUUCUCUUAGUCAUUUAUUAAUCACUGGAAUAAGGUUGGCCCUAAGUGAGCUGCUAGUAAGGAGAGGAGGGGCGGAGCAGGGCAGAAGGAACAUCGAACUCCGAGAAACCCAGCUCAGUUUUCACACUUCUCAAUGCAGCAGGGAGCCACGCAGUUCAGCAACCUGGAGCAUCAAGGAGCAUCAUUCAUCCAGAAUUAGUGUAAUACACUCAGCAGCAGAGCAGGUUUCACCCCCAUUUCUGAGCCUGUGCUGAACACUGUUGGCUGUUCCACUGCACUUGCUAUCAGCAACAGGUUAACUUUCGUGGCACCAGUAAAAGCCGAAGAUGGAUAUUAAGCGUGUGAAAGAUUAUAUAUACUGGCUGUACUACCAGUAUCUAUUGAUCACCUGUAGCUAUGUCCUAGAACCCUGGGAGCAAUCCAUGUUUCAUACUGUUGUUGUUACUGUUUUCGCUAUGGUGGUAUACACAGCUUACGUCUUUAUACCUAUUCACAUCCGUUUGGCUUUUGAAUUCUUCUCCCAGAUAUUUGGGGGCCAGCCUGAAAGUAAUGUUUCCAUACUGAACUAAACUUGCAUCCUGGGAAAUAUCAUCUUUAGUCUUGCGUAUUAUAGUCUAAAAGCAAAAUCUGGCUUGCUUAAUUACCAUAGCUGAAAACCAGAAUAAUGCACUGACUACAGGCUUCACAGUCCUAGUUAAAUAAAAUACAAGCACAGCUUUUGUUCUGCUGCAAUGGAACAUGUCACUUGGACUGCAUUACUUACCUAAUCUUCAGCUUAUCCACCAUACAAAUAAUGUUCACAUAUAUAGGUGAUCUGCAGUAGGAAAAUUUUGUUCUUUAGCAUUCAGCGAGCAUAUUUCUUAUUCACUAGUUUAGCAUUAUGUGCAAACUAAACCUACAUAAAGUAUACUGUCUGCAUCUGACUUUAAUAUUAAUAUGAAAUUUAAUAUUAAAAUGAACAGCAAGAAACAGCUAAAAUUAUUUAUGAAGAUUGUAAGGAAGGAUAUUAUGCUUAUUAUGUAUAUCAUUUGUGCAAGGAGAGCACAAUGAUAAAACUUGCAACUUUUCUUUCCAUCCUGGCUUACGGUAUUAAGAAACUGAGUCAAAUACAGCAUAGUCAAAGUUUGUCCUAGUAAUCAAUUAAUUUUUUAAAAGGAUAGAGCUGACUGCUCAAUUUUUCCUUUAAAAAGUAAGAGGUCAAUAAUAGAUAGCAUGAGCCUGAAACCAGGGUUUAGUCAAUACACUGCUGCUUUUGGAUUUUGGUGGUUUAACUGCAAUAUUAAAAUUAUAUUGUAGGUAAUUUUUCAUUGUACUGAGAAUAAAUGAAUGUAGGAAUUAUUGUUAAACAUGCAGUCAGUAUUUAUUGAGACUACAUUUUGGUGCACUUUGGCCUCCCUUGAUACCAAAACAAAUGUCUUUCCUUUCCACUACCGUUCACUGAAGCAAACAAAAUAUGUUUGAGUUAAAGGAAGAUGAUGGUGGAAGUGAUAUAUUAAUAACUGCAGGAAUGCUGAAGCAGUUAGAGGAAAGCGUUGAUAUAGAGAGCUCUUACAAAGAAAUGAAAUUCAUUAAAUCUGCCUUUCAGGAGUUUCUUAAUGCAAGCUUUUCACUGCACAGCUGAAUCAAAUGUGAAUGCCAAAAAAAGCAAGCAAUAUCUAUGCAGCCGAUGUACCUUUACAACUGGAACCACUAUUUGUGAAAGUGUAAAUAGUUGUUUACACAGUUAUAUUAUGAAGAAAAUCCUCACUACUUUAUCACUGAGAGAUCUUUUAUCAACAGGAUUCUUCAUGGUAAAAUGAAUGAGCUUAUGACAAAAACAAAGCCAUGUUUUGAAGGUUGAACAGAUCUGAACAUGUGUGUACAAUUUUUCAGAAGCAAAAUAAAACUUAGCUCUUUUAAAUGCAUCAUUCAUCUCUUCCAAUACCCAGUUAUUAUCCAUCUAGUAAUUAUAUUAAACUAAUCUGAGUAUC